CCUCUAAUCCCCAUCCUCGCUCCCCCCAACCCUCACCGCCAUGGCGACCACCGAGGACUCCGCCGCCGCGGGCGAGGCCCGACGCCUGUUCGCCCUCCUCGAGUCCCAGCAGCAGGUACUCUCUGACUGCCACGGCGCCUGGUCGCGCGCCCUCGCACACUUUGCCUCGCGCGAGGAGGACCUCGCCUCCCGCUCCGCUGCACUCGACGAAGCCCUAGCCGCCGCCGACGUUUCCACUUCCGAGACUCUCGCAGCGCUCGAGGCCCGCGAGUCCUCCAUUCCCGCGCGCCUCGCUGAGGCCUCCGCCGCGCUCUCCGCCGCCGUCGCUGAGGCCGAGACUGAAUCCACCGGGCCACCACCCACCGACAUCAAGGGCGCGCUCCGGUGGAUAUGCCGCCGCAUGGACGCUGCUGCGCUCUGGCGCUUCAUGGCCGCACGCCGCCGGGAGCUCGCGGUAGUCCGGAGGGAGGCCGGCCCCGCCGUCGCCAUGGCCGUCGACCCGCCCCGCCUUGUCCUCGACGUGGUAAGCGAUUUCUUAGCCGCUGGCGACGGCGUCGGCGGGGACCAAUGCUGGGUGCUCGGCAUGUUGCUGCGCUCUUUGUUCGAUUUGGAUGGCAGGAAGCCUCCCGAGAUAGGAGAUACAUUGGUUGAGAGGGCGUUUGCAGUAACCAAAGAGUGGCAAGAGCGCUUUGGGAUCAAUAUGGACAAUUUGUCUUCUGAAGACAAGGAGGUGGAGAUGGCCGAAGCUGAUGGGUCAGAGAACUCAGGAGCAACAGAGAAGAAAGAAGGAAAAGAAGAUGAGGAGCAGGAGGAGGUGGAGGAAGAGGACGAGGAAGAGGAAGAGGAGGAAGACCCAGAGGAGGAGGAGGAAGAGGAGGAGGAGGAUGACCCAGAGGAAGUAGAGGAACCUGAGGCACCAGGAAAGGAAGGGAAUGAGGUGAAGGGAGAAGGGGCAGAGGGAAAGGUGUCUGAGGAGGGAGAAGGGGCAGGGGGGAAGGUGUCUGAGGAGGGAGAAGGGGCAGAGGGAAGGGUGUCUGAGGAGGGACAAGGGGCAGAGGGUAAGGUGUCUCAGGAGGGACAAGGGGCAGAGAAAAUAGGACAUGAGGAUGAGAAGAAGGGAGCAGCAGUGGGCACCAUGAAAGUGAAGACGGGAGAAGAAGGUAAUAAGGGUGCAUCAGAGCAAUCGGAGGCACAGAUAUUUGUGCAGAUGGUAGCGGCAUUUGGAUUGAAGGAUAAGUUCGAUGAGGAGUUCUUGAGAAGGCUGUUUGUUGCUAAUGGACGGAAGAGGGAGCUUGCUAGGAUUGCAUGCGUGCUUGGAUUUGAGGAAAGCCUUGGAGAUAUUGUUGAGGAACUAAUAAAGUCAGGGAAUGCUAUAGAGGCUAUAUAUGUUGCCCAUGAGGCUGAUUUGCUUGGGAAAUUUCCACCUGUGCCUCUCUUCAAAUCUUAUCUGCAGAAUUCCACUGAUAAGGCUCAGGCAGUGUUGAAAAGUGGAAGACAUUCCAGUUCUGCACUUGAAGAGGCAAACAGCUUGGAGGGCAAUGCAUACAGGUCCGUCAUAAGGUGCGUCGAGUCCUGCCAGCUACAAUCGGUGUUUCCUUUAGAGGUCCUGAGGAAGAAGUUAGGGAAGUUGGAGAAAGAGAAGUCUGAUAGGAAGAAGGCAGCUGGUCCAAGCAGAUUCCCGAACAAGCGAUCCCGCGGCGCAGCUGGACCCUAUCCCUUCCCUGCUGCCAAGGCUGCUAGGGGCUCAAGCUUUGGUCCGCGUUUCCAGAACCCAGUCUCACGUUCCUUAAACUACGCACCUCAUGCUGGAUAUAUAAACCCAGCAGCUGCAUCACCAUUCUCUGUCCCUGGGAGCGUGUCGGGGAGACGAGGUGGUGUACCAUAUGGCGGACCUGGAGCCACGUAUGGUGGCUCCCCUAGCUUUGCAACCGGUGGUGGGCAGCAACCAUUCCGUCGUUAGGUCUAGGGCUGUUUGUUGUAACUGAAUGCUCCUUGUUUUCUGGCUAAUAGGGAUAAUGUAUGCCUCCAGCUAUUCAAGCAUACUUGUUCAGUUCUUGAUGGAUGCUGGAUAUUGAACGUCGUGUAGUACACAUUCUAUGGUACUGUGUUUGCUUUGUU